GCUGUUCUCAGUCUACGUGAAUGACUUGCCGGAGGAGCUUGAGCUCUGUCUAUACAAGUAGUGUACAGACGCCACGCUUGCUUUUCUUCCCGGCUGUUUUCUGCUGUACUCACGCUGAAGUAGAGAUUUCCCACUGCCGCGCAAUUUAACAACAUGGCGGAAGUGGUGGAGAGAAAUUUGGAGGGUUCAGUGGAUGAACUGCUCUACAUCAGAAAGGCCAAAUUGUUCAACAAGCAGGAGAUAAAUGAGUUAAUCAGCAAGCGCAGACGACUUGAGUACGCGCUACAGAAACGCAACAAGCGUGUGCUGGACUACGACGCCUACAUUGCAACUGAGUUAGUUGUGCUCAAGCUCCUUCGAUUACGCCGCCAGAAGGCGGAUGAUCGCCGAUUUUUAGACAAAAUCGAGCGUUCCAUUAUUUCUCGCCUCACUCGACUUCACCGACAACUGUGCUAUCGCUUUCAGUCGCGAAUCGAUGUGUGGAUUCGCUUUAUCCAUUUUUGCAAAAUUCUUGGUCGCCAUGUCUCUGUGGUGCGUUUGUGGAACCGUGUGCUCCAAGUCCACGGGAGAACUGAUCCCCGCUUGUGGAUCGCCGCUGCGUCCUACCAGUUGCAUUCCACGGCGAAGACCAAAGCGCGUUGCGAAUUACGCCAGCUUGCCUCGGAAACCGAGCAAUUGGCCGAACAGAAACGAAAGCUCAAGGACGAACUGAAAAUUCUCACCCGUUUUGUCGACAAGCGUAAUCAAAAACGCAUUCAGGAUGUGUUAGAAGAAUUGCGACAAAGCACUGCACAACUUAGCGAAGCCACAUCUGAGCUGGAGCGAUCGCGUCGUCUGGUCUGGGAUCAGUCGUAUUUAACUGCGAUUCGAGAAGCGCGUCGAUUGCUCACUGAAGGUCUCAACCUGAACCCCGAUUGUAAGAUACUUUACCUCGAGUUAGUGAAGCUCGAGGCCUCAGCUGCCGACUUCUUCAACACGCAUAUUAUCCCUCGGUUACCCUUGGGGGCAACCGAUGGGACAGGAGUAAAAAGCGAAUUCCGGGGGAAGAAGAUGAAAAAGCGCUACGAGCUGUUGUGCAAAAAGGCCGCUGAAGAUAACGCUAUUUUUAUGACUCAAGUCAUUGAGGACGUACCUUACGUGGCCUCUGGUCAAGCGCUCAAGUUGGCCAUGGAGACUGUGAUGGAACGUUGGCCCAAAGAUUUGGAGGCGAUAGAGGCUCUACACCAAGUCGCCUCUACAAUUCCCCGUGCGGUUCCUGCCUCUAUGUUCGCCGAAAUUUCGGCAUCGCUAGAGAAGCUCCGUUCCCGUCCUACCAAUGAUGUACCCGAAAUUGAAACCCAAACUCCGGUUUCUCAGGAAAAGGUGUCGCGUAGUCUUCUAGAAGAACGUACUGCCCAGCUGUACAACACAGUCCUAACGGAUGGUCUCACGUCAGCGUUGGAGCUGUGGAAUAGCUGGUACUCCAAGGAUGCUCAAGAUUUAAUCAGAGGGGACACAUUUCGCUUCGUGCAUCCCACAAUGCCAGAGGCCGUGGGUUUAUUGCGCACCCGGCUAGCGCUGCAUUCUCUGCAGUUACGAUGGUCAUUUCUUGACAAAUCUGGCAACUCAAUAUCCACUCAAAACGCAGCGGAAAUACGUCUCAAAAAUACCCAGUUAGUGAAAGAUACCCGGUUAUGGCUGGACGCGCUGGCCACCUCGCCAUGGGGUCAUUUGUCUCCAGAGUUUUGGCUUCUGUACAUAAGAUUCGAACGGGACGCAGGCGAUUGUACACGUGUUCCUGCGGUGCAGUGGCGGGCAAGCAAAACCCUCUCCCCUAAUGCUUAUGCUCGGUUCACUGUGUUACUGAACGGCGAGACAAUUUGAGUGUGUGAACCUUAUCCCUCACUGUUAUCCCGGAGUAGUCGUUGAUGAAUCAUUAUAAUCUGCAUCAUCUUUUGAAACACUACUCGACUUCUUACAUUUUGUAUAGAUUGAACAGUAUUGAGUGACUUAUUGUUGGAGUGCACCCCACCCGCUUGUAAUUUCACAAUCGCGGGGCACUGCUGGAACAUUAUUUGUGGGUGGAGUUUAAAUGGGCAGUAGGUGACUACUUCACACGAAUGUCUCCACUCACCGAGCAUCGCUACCAGUGUUGUUGUUGUGAUUUGACGAACGCCACUUUGUACUUAACCAUACCAUUCAGUCACUGCAUACUCGGGUCUUGGAAUGGUGCGUGAGGUGUCAUUCACUUACGGGUUUUUUUAACCGUGCUCCUUCCUCUCCAUCGCUUCUUCUUUGUAUGUUUAUCCCUAUUACACAAUAUGUGUAUUUCAAUUGCCUUUCAACCCAUAUGUUAUACUACCAAUUGUCAACACUAUCCUCGUCAGCAGUAUCUCAGUAGUUUAUGCUGACAUGCUGCUACCAAGCUG